AUGCGAUCCCCGAGACAUUUGCGUCCCGAGCCGCCGCUGGUCCCGCGAUACUUCUCGCGCCAGCCGCUGCCGCCCGAGAAGAUGUCCUCGAUGCACUCAUCGGCGGGCAACUCGCCUGAGCAAACAGCGGAAGAAGGAGGCAGCGAUACACACCAGCGCGAGAUGAUCGCCCUGCUUAAGGAAGAGACCAAGGACCUCACAGAACAACGCGCCUCUGCGCUCGACCAAAUUAGUAAACUCGAAAAAACCAACAAAGAGUCUGACGGAAAAGUCGAAACGCUAUAA